AUGUUUAAAAAGCCUUUCCGCCCUCCCAGCUUCGUCCGCCCGGAUGCACAUAGCUCCGCACCGCCACAGAAAAAGCGCCGCACGUCCUCGGGCGCCGUUCCUGAGCGUGUGCGAGACGACACAGAUCCCGCCCUUCUUCUGACCAAUGCAGCCCAUGCUUCCGUCCCUGCAGAUCAGGGCGGUCGCUACUACACAGUACUCUGGCGAAAAUGCACAACAAAGAAGAACAAAACCUGGGAUGGCGACGGGGUCCUCGCUAUCACGAAUGGCUACGCGGUGCUGCUGGACAGUGAUACUGGAAAAGAGUUGGGGAAGGGUGCAUGUGCUCGACCACUACUCCCAGGGUCGACAUUGUCUUUAGGUGGGAAGGAGCUUGAGAUUGACAGCGUCAUGUCAAAAGAGGAUUAUCUCUCUGGGAGAUUCUUUUUGGGAUCUACGACAACCAACUCAGCUCCACCGUCAGCUGGCAUGUCCAAAGCAUAUCGGACGGUGAGCGCAUCAAGUGGCUCUCGAAAUGCGAACGUGGCCUGUGAUGUGCCCCGGAAACCUGCCAUCGCUCGGAAGCAGUUCAAAACCCCGGUGCUCAAUAGCGCGGUACCGCCCAAAUCGUCCUCGUCAGUUCCCCAACCUCGCCAUGAUCCCAGUCCACCCAAUGCACUUGUCAUGAAGCGGCCAACGCUGUGUCCCAAAGGCAAGCAGAUUGUCGACGUCGUCGUCGACCCAAUCCUCACCCGGCAUCUCCGGGACCACCAGCGCGAAGGCGUCCGGUUUUUAUACGAAUGUGUGAUGGGCAUGCGGUGUGAAGGCGAGGGCGCCAUCAUGGCCGAUGAAAUGGGUCUGGGAAAGACGUUGCAGACGAUAACUCUCCUCUGGACCCUGUUGAAGCAGAACCCGUACUCUGAGAGUCAGCCUGUAGUGACGAAAGCUCUGAUAGUGUGUCCAGCUGGUCUGGUCGAGAAUUGGAGGCGGGAGUUCCGGAAAUGGUUGGGGAACGAGCGGAUCGGUGUCUUUGUGCUUGACAAGUCCAACAAGGAUAAGAAGAUCACUAACUUCACAAUGGGAAAGGCGUAUAACGUAAUGAUUGUCGGGUACGAGAUGUUGCGCGUCGUUCAAGACGAGCUGAAGAAGGGAGCGGGCGUGGAUAUCGUCAUUGCGGACGAGGGACACCGCUUGAAAACCGCAAAUAACAAGGCCAUGCUUGCCAUACAAUCCCUCAACACGGAGCGUCGCAUCAUCCUGUCGGGGACUCCGCUUCAGAACGAUCUCAGCGAGUUCUACACCGCGAUAGACUUUGUGAACCCAGGCCUGCUCGGAAAGCGGUCGGCGUUUAAGCGCGAGUUCGAGAACCCCAUUCUGCGGAGCCGGCAACCCGGUGCCAGCGAAGCUGAGCUGGAGAAAGGAGAGGCGAGAUGGAAGGAGCUCGUCUCGUUGACAAGUCAAUUCAUGAUUCGGCGAACGGCCGACGUCCUGAGCAAAUACCUACCGCCGAAGACCGAACACAUCGUCUUCUGCACACCAACAGUGGCCCAGGCAUCUGCGUACCGCAAUGUCCUGUCAUCGCCAAUCUUCCGAAUGGCAUACGGCAACAACGACAUGGCACUCCAGCUUAUCACUGUUCUGAAGAAACUCUGCAACAGCCCCUCACUUCUGAAAUCAUCCAAAGACGGAGAUGAGACCCCCUCAGAACUUCUCCAGAACCUCGUCCCCCUCAUACCCGCGAACGUCCUCUCCUCGCACGCAUCCAGCACGAAGCUCCGCGUCCUCGACUCUCUGCUCCACAAGAUCUACACAACCACCAAGGAAAAAGUGGUCAUCGUGUCCAACUACACGGCAACCCUCAACAUGAUCGAACGCCUCCUCACCUCCCUCUCGUACACCUUCCUGCGCCUCGACGGCUCCACCCCAGCCGCCAAACGCCAACCCCUCGUCGAGAAGUUCAACCGGUCCGACCCGAAAUCCUCCUUCGCCUUCCUGCUCUCGGCCAAAUCCGGCGGCGUCGGCCUCAACCUGAUCGGCGCCUCGCGCAUCGUGCUGUUCGACCUGGACUGGAACCCGGCCACGGACCUGCAGGCCAUGGCCCGGAUCCACCGAGAUGGGCAGAAGUUGCCGUGCAAGAUCUACCGGUUCCUGGUGCAGGGCGCGCUCGACGAGAAGAUCUUCCAGCGGCAGAUUGUGAAGAUGGGGCUUGCGAACGCGGUCGUGGAUCACAAGGCCAGUGCGGCCGGGUUUUCCCAGGAGGAGUUGAGGGAUCUGUUUCGGCUUGAUGAGAGGGGGAGUUGUCAGACGCAUGAUUUGUUGGGUUGUACGUGUGAGGGGCGGGGGAUGCCUGAGAUGGAGACUGCGGGGGAGGAAGAGGUGGAGGAUUGCGAGGGGGAAGAGCAUGAGGCGUUGUUCUGGCUGCAGAAGGCGUCGCAGGUCGAUAUGGAGGCACAGGAAAUGCGGUUAGAGAGACGCAGGAUGCAGGGUCGGCAGGGAGAGCAACCGAGACUGCGGAUGUUGAAAGAGUAUGCGCAUUUCGACGCGAGGUUGCUGAGGGAUGCGGAGGAUCUUGACGACGAGGUGGUCGCGCUUGUGGACGAUGAUGUUUUGCUAGAGGUGGUGAGGGAGCAGGACAGUCGAGUGGGUUAUUUGAUGACGAAGUCGUCGUCGUGAAGAUGGAUGAACGCAUGUUUAGUGAGGUUCACACUCAUGUCCUGGGACGCAGCGAACGCUACACACAAGCUAGCGUUGAUGGCAUGUUUAGAAACUUUGUAGAUAUAAGCGUAGACAAUCAAUACAUGGAAGAUACUAUGUAUCUCUCCUUGUUGCUGCGGC